ACUGCAGUUACCUUCAUCUUUUAAGUUUCAAGCCACCGUCUCUUCUCUCCUCUCUCUCUCUCUCUCUCGAUCGAACAGCAUCCCCCAAUCCCAACAAAUUGGUCACGAGUAAACGAAAAAUCUCCGGUAGAAAACAGCAGCCAAGAAACGCCGACUCACCCGCCAUCAAGCGAUCGCGGUAUGGCGGUGGAGGAGUCGCAGAAAUCGGCGGCACCGACCUCUGAAGAGGUCGCCAACGCUAACCCUAAGCCGCACGCCGAAGACGUCGCCGGGAGCGACGAUGUGCCGGAGGAAGGAGAGAUCGUCGGGGACGACGACAGCUCGUCCAAGAAAUCAAGCGCUGUGCCUUACCAGCCGCACCUGCUCGAACAUCAAUGGACUUUCUGGUUCGAUAAUCCAUCCGCUAAAUCUAAGCAAACCGCCUGGGGGAGCUCCAUGCGCUCCAUUUACACCUUCUCCACCGUCGAGGAAUUCUGGAGUGUUUACAACAAUAUUCAUCAUCCAAGCAAGCUCCCUGGUGGAGCAGACUUCUACUGCUUCAAGCACAAGAUUGAGCCGAAGUGGGAGGACCCUGUUUGUGCUGGUGGAGGGAAGUGGACUUUGACCUUUGGGAAAACGAAAUCUGAUACCAGCUGGCUAUAUACGGUAUGCCUUUAGUCAGUCUUUAAGUCUCUUCAUUUUGGUGACUCUGAGCAUCGUGCGUCUCUCAUUAAUACUCUGUUAUCUUUAGCUGCUAGCUAUGAUUGGGGAGCAAUUCGAACAUGGAGAUGAGAUUUGUGGGGCUGUCGUCAAUGUGAGGGCUAGGCAGGAGAAGAUUUCUCUUUGGACCAAGAAUGCUUCAAAUGAAGCCGCUCAGCUGAGCAUCGGGAGACAAUGGAAGGAAUUUCUUGAUUCCAAUGAUAGUAUGGGGUUCAUAUUCCAUGAUGAUGCAAAGAAGCUUGACAGGGGUGCCAAGAAUCGCUACACUAUCUGACCUGUUGAAUUCGUAUCUAAGAGCACCGACUUCCUGUAACCGAAGUCUGUCCUGGCUGAGGACAAUCAGGGGGAGACUCUUCAUAUGACGGAACUUCUAUCUCGUAUCGUAAUUUUGGCUCACUUGCGUCAAAAUGUGGUAGUUAGCAGGAAGUAGGGACAUAUAGAGCUUAACAGAGUUUUAUGCAACUAUUUUUUGGCUUCGAAUAUAACCAGCGGUGUUGGAUGUUUGUUUGAAAAUUGGAAUUACUCAACCGUAUUUCUAUCUUGGUGUUGGCCACAAAGCGGAUUUAGCAGGUGGAGCACAAGCUUUGAUUAAUGCUUCUCACUAAAUUUGUUUACUGGCCUCCGGUACAGGGCAAUGCCGGUUGCCGGGAGAUGUCUGUAUCUACCGAACCAAUCUCAUGCUCUGUUUCAGAGCGUUCAAUUCUUGUAUCUUCAAUAUCCAUUUUCCAUAUCCGAAAUAUAGCCGGUUAAAACCAGUGGUAUAUGUUGGAUA